AUGGCCGCUGUCCUUAUCACGUGGGCUCAGAAGGCCAAUCAUCUGCCUCUGUUUUUAAAAAAUCAGCGGAUUAUAGUAAUUGGCUGCUUUCCUUGGCACGUGGCCUCGAGAGGCCAAUUCUGGGCCUCCGCGGGCGGGCGCCUGAAAAGCAAUCAAAUCAUCAUCGGCAGAUCGUUUAAUUAUCUGUUGUACGGUGCCGCUUGCCACUACUGGUGUGUGUGGAGGAGACGUGCGUCAGUUACAGGCUGUGAGAGGCCGGAGCCCCCCUCAGCAGGCAAUAUGGAGAAAAAUGGUAAAGAGAACCACAAUGGGCUCCCUGGUCACCGUGUCAAGACUCUACCCACUAUUGGGGAUGGUCCAAAACGGCUCCCUGUGCAUCAGCAGCAUCCUCAGAAUCGGGUACCUGGAGGUGGAGUUCAAGCACAGCGUAUUUUGUGUCCUUCAAAUUUGGCUCAGCGAGUUCCUGUACAGUCACGGGCUCAAAAAUCUGCGCUGUCAAACCAGAAACAGUCUCAAAACCAGCUGAUGCAGCAGCCCCAUCCAACUUCUCUAGUUCAACCAAUUUCUAGGCCUCAGGCUCCAAGUAAAAACAACGAGGAACCUCCACAGACCUCACUAUCUGCAAAAAACCUUGAAGCAGAAGGGACAUCCGUCCAGAAAAAUGAAGAAACUAAAAAAAGGCAGUGGUGUCUUGAUGACUUCGAAAUUGGCCGUCCUCUGGGGAAAGGAAAGUUUGGAAAUGUGUAUCUGGCUCGUGAAAAGCAAAGUAAAUUUAUCCUAGCGCUGAAGGUGUUGUUUAAAACACAGCUGGAGAAAGCAGGAGUAGAACAUCAGCUGCGGAGAGAAGUAGAAAUACAGUCUCAUCUUAGGCAUCCCAAUAUUCUCAGGCUAUAUGGCUACUUCCAUGAUGCCACAAGAGUCUACCUAAUUCUAGAAUAUGCACCUCGUGGAGAAGUCUACAAAGAGUUGCAGAAGCUAACCAAGUUUGAUGAGCAGAGAACUGCUACUUAUAUGACAGAAUUGGCAGAUGCUCUAUCAUACUGUCAUUCAAAGAGAGUGAUUCAUAGAGACAUCAAGCCAGAAAACUUGCUGCUUGGUUCUAACGGAGAGCUGAAGAUUGCUGACUUUGGAUGGUCUGUGCAUGCUCCAUCAUCUAGGAGGACAACUCUUUGUGGUACGCUUGACUACUUGCCUCCUGAAAUGAUUGAAGGGAGAACACAUGAUGAAAAGGUGGAUCUCUGGAGCCUGGGGGUUCUGUGCUAUGAAUUUCUAGUAGGGAAACCUCCUUUUGAGGCAGAGACAUAUCAGGAAACUUACAGAAGUAUUUCAAAGGUGGAAUUCAGAUUUCCUCCUUUUGUAUCAGAGGGAGCUAAGGACUUAAUUGUAAAGCUCCUGAAGCAUAAUCCAUACCAGAGGCUGCCACUGAAAGAUGUGCUUGCACACCCAUGGAUUACCACAAACUCUACAAAACAACCAAGCAGCCGGAAGAGUGAGGCUGCUACCAGUAACAGAACGCCAUCUUAG